AUGACAUCUGGCAACAUCGAAAGAGAAGAGGAUGAGAAAGCAGAGCAGCAGACGACGGGAGUCGAGAGAGCACAUUGCCUUGCCUCGUCACAUUAUCCGACCAAUCAAGCUAUCGAAGCAAUGGAGGAAGACGAAAAUGACUUGGCGAACGACAAGCAUGUGCUAUUUGCUCAACGCACAGUAGCCAAGAGAUUUCACACGAAACUCAUCACCCGUAUUGGCAACUUUCUGAACGAGAAGCCGAAGGCCGACGAUGUAAGGAGUAACAUAUCCGAACUCGAAGCUGCCCUGAGAAGAGUAGUAGCGCUCCAUACGCGCUACGCCAGCCGGCCAACUUUAUCAGAGGAGGAAACGGCAGCUGCAAUCACAUGGCUCGACAACGUUCAAGAUUCCAACGGGAGCUGUCUAAACCGAAUGAAGUCGUACCUCUCCUCCCUGGACCAAAAUUUAGCCCGGAAGGGAAAGAAUACAUCCGGUCAAUGGAGUGUAAGCCAGCAUAGAAGCCGCGCAGAUGAAGGCACAACACCGGACCUAAGCAUACGCUCACAUCAGCCACCGCUCGAUGUAAAUCUCAAUCUAGAAGCUCAAUUGCAACAAGCCAAGCAAGAUCACGAGCGCACACUCGCCGAGAUUAAAAAAAGAGGAGAAGAAAACCUAAGCAAAAUUCAAGCGGCAAUCAAUCAACGGGAUGGCGUCUGUCCAGAAAAUCUUCGACAACCACCCCAUCCAUUCGCCUCUACGCCUAUAACAUCAGCGGUUACAACGCAAGUCAACCAGCAGCCAAGAAGGUUCCUACAGUUCGAUACAACCACGUCUCACAGAGAGCAACAGUCGCCAUCAGCGCAGUACACGCAUCCAUCUUCAGGGCCAUCCAACUAUCCGCCACCAGCUCAUUGGCCAAAAAUAGCGAUUUCAAGAUUUAAUGGCGAUUGCCGCCGCUGGCCGGCUUUCGCCCAGGUGAUGAGAGCAACUAUAGAGGAAACUACACUACCAGACCUUUACAAAGUGCUAGCUUUGCGCGAGAACCUUACUGAAGACAUCCAGAAGAGAAUGGCGAAUCUUUUCAACGGCUCUUACACUUAUGCUCAAGCCUGGAGCGAGCUAAAGGACAAAUACGGUGUGCCCGCAUUGAUUAUUCAAGCCCACAUCCAGCACUUGCAAAUGGUCCAAUCAUUCCGUAACGGCGAUUUCAAGUCUCUCGCCGACCUAGCCUCUCUCGUCCGGGAUGCAGUAUCUAGCGUAGCCGGAGACCCAAGCAUGAACGAAUUCACGCACUCAACGGUCGUCAACCAGCUCGCCACUAAGUUGCCUUUCAAUUUGCAACAGGACUGGGGACGUUAUGCUUACAAUCUACGUCCAAAGGUCUCUUCCUUAGCCGACUUUGACCGCUGGAUUGACGCCAUUGUAGGAGCGGAAGAGUUGCGCGGCGCCAAACUCAACAAUUACGUAACACCGAAGCAAAACCCGCCACCGCGCCCUGCACUACCUUUCCCGCCAACAAUUCAAAAAAAUUCCGUCGCGUUCAAGAUUCCAAAUUCCGUCGAAAGCCCAUCCGAGAGACCCAAUCGAGCAGACAACCAAUGGCCUGCAUGUCCAGCUUGCAGCGAUAACCCUGGCCAUCGUCUCGAAGCAUGCAGCAUAUUCCGAAAAAUGUUGCCGUCUCAGCGAGCAGCCCUUUGCGGAGAAAAUAACCACUGUUUCAAGUGCUUGCUUCCCGGACACUAUGGGCGAUCCUGCAGGAACACCGACGUGGCGUGUAAUGCCUGCCCCGGCAAGCACCACUCUCUCAUUCAUGGAGCCGAACGCGUUUUUCCUGGAAAGCCUCAGCCAAAAGGUAAAGCAACUCUCCAGAUUUUAUUAGUUCACGCACCAAAAACGUCGCCGAAACCCGUCCUACUCGCCAUAACCCCAAUAGUCGUUCAUAGUGACAAAGAAACCACCCUUACAUUCGGCGUUCUUGAUCCUGGUAGUGAAGCCACUCUUAUAAAAUCAAGUCUCGCACAAAGGCUUCGCCUCAAAGGAGCUAAUCAGAAAAUACGAUUUGGGUCAUUCCAUAACGCCGUUCUACUCGACUCUAGCGUUGUCAACUUCGUCAUUGAAUCUGCCGAUAAGGCCAGGACAUUUCAAGUAACCGAUGCCUUCACCGUCCCAGAUAUCCAGCUGUCACCACGUAAUAUCAACUGGCAUACAGAAAAUUUUGAAUGGCCCCACCUCUCCGACUUAAAUUUGCCUCCUAUCGACUCAUCUAAAGUAGAAUUGCUUAUCGGAAUGGAUAUAGUAGACGCGCACGAAAUUUUAGACUCUCGAAUAUCCAGCCACAACGAACCACGCGCUAAUUUAACAGUAUUUGGUUGGGCGGUAGUAGGAAAAAUCCCACCUUCUCUGAUCCGCGGACCGAGCGCAAAGCGAAAUGUAAACGUCAAUGGAAUAUCCCCCACUUUGCAGCUAAUCGACCUCGUACAAAAAUUCUACAGCACAGAAACGUUCGGAGUAGACAUUCAGGCGACAAAACCCAGCUCCCCCGAAGACGCUUUAGCAAUCAGCAUCCUAAAAUCGUCAAUCGUAAAUAUUCGUUGCGGAUGGCAAGUCGAUCUCUUGUUCAAAUCACCAAACCCGAACAUGCCAAACAACCGCGCACAUGCAGUGUCGCGUUUUUACGCUGUCGAACGUCGCUUAUUGUCCCAAGAAAACAAAGUCAACGCUAUUCGUUAUCGUGAAAUCAUUGAAGGUCAUCUCGCAAAUGGCUACGCCAUCGAAGUCCCGUACGACCAGCUGCAACUCCCUUUCGGAAAGGUUUGGUAUCUCCCACACCAUUUCGUCACUAAUCCGAAUAAACCAAACAAAAUCCGUGUGGUUUUUGACUGUUCAGCUAAAUUCAACAACGUCUGCCUUAACGACUUUCUCCUACGUGGCCCUGUCUUACUCUCCAACUUAACCGGCGUGCUGCUCCGAUCGCGGCAGUAUUUAGUCGCUGUAUCUGCAGAUAUAGAAAGCAUGUAUCACCGAGUCGGAGUCACCCCCAAAGACCAAUCCGCAUUACGCUUCGUAUGGCGCACUCCAGGCAGUGACGAACCGCUCCGAACACUACAGAUGACGACGCAAGUUUUUGGAGCCAUCUCCUCGUCCACUUCCUCAUUUUGGGUCCUGCAGCACGCAGUAAACAGCAAUUCGCAAUUCCCAGCCGUAGCUAAAAAACUCGUCGACAAUUUCUACGCAGACAACUUAAGCGACUCGUUCGAAACCGAAGAGGAAGCCAUCCUCUUCUCAAAACAGGCCGUCAAGUCUCUCGCGUCCGGAGGCUUCCGUCUAACGGCGUUUGCUUCCUCAUCCCGACGCCUUUUAGCCUCCAUUCCAGCUUCAGAACGAUCGAACAAGUCACUCAAUUUAGAUUUCGACAAAUUGCCGAUUGAAUACUUGCUCGGCCUCGUAUGGGUUUGCGACGUCGAUUGCUACCGUAUCCGAAUCCGGCCAAUGGAAAUGGUCACAUCGAAGCGUCAAAUGCUGUCCGCAAUGUCCCGCACUUUCGACCCAUUAGGCAUCCUUCUACCCGUUAUCACUCAAGCAAAAAUUCUGUUUCAAGCGACAUGGCGAACAACCCAAGAACGCGUACCGGCCCGAAAAUCAGGCUCUCGUUUAGAAGCACUAGGUUGGGACGAAACGUUGCCAGAUGGAAUCCUGCUGAAAUGGAACUCUUGGUCCAAAGAGCUACCAUCGUUAGAAAAAAUUUCCAUCCCACGAUGUUUCAGAACGGUAGAUCUCCCCCUUAAAGAUAGCCAGUUCGAAUUGCACCUUUUCUCAGACGCGUCGUCCGACGCAUUUGGCGCAGUAGCGUACCUUCGAACCAUCGCCAAAGGAAAGAUUCAUCUGAGCUUUGUUCUUGCUAAAGGCCGAUUGGCUCCUUUAAAGUUACUCUCUAUCCCCCGCCUCGAGCUCCAAGGCGCAGUCACCGCUGUUCGACUAGCAAAAACGAUAAAGGGCGAAUUAAGAUUGCCCAUUGCAGAAUACUAUUUCUGGACGGACUCAGAAAUAGUCCUUCGCUGGAUCCAUUCUUCCCACUGCAACUAUUCCAGCUUUGUUUCACAUCGCGUCGGCGAAAUUCUCCGGCAUUCAGAACCAGAACAAUGGAGAUUCAUAUCCGGAUCAAAAAAUCCCGCCGACGACUGCACGAGAGGAAUGUCCCCCUCCAAGCUAGAAUCUUUUUCUCAAUGGUUAGGUGGACCAGCAUUUCUGACGGAACCUUUGUCUCUCGAAUCAGGACAGGCCGAGCUACUACCACUCGGAACUAACGACACCGAGUGGUGCCCAAAAAGAACAGUCGGCCACGUAAAUGUAGAACCAAUCCCGUCCCAGCAAUCAGCGCCUAUUAACGAAAUAAUUCGCCACCACGAAACUCUCAACGACUUGAAACGCAGCGUAGCCCAGCUACAUCGCCCCGCCGAAGACAAAACGCCACUCCGUGCCGAUGAGUUAGACCAAGCGCUUACUUUAUGUCUGUCAGCAGCAUGUCGCGAAGCAUACCCUCAAGAAUAUGCCGCCAUAUCCGCCGGAAAGAACGUAAAAAAUACCUCUCCUUUACGAAAAUUGAAUCCGUUUAUCGACAAGAAUGGGCUCCUCCGAGCCGAAGGCCGCCUCAAACACGCUGAAAUCUCCCCGAGGCUCGCAAUCCCGUAA